CGAGAGGCGCGACGGGGGCGUGGCGAGGGUGAGAGUUGUCUCCAUCCGCCGCUGGUGAACAAAUUGUGAAGCGGCCCCGCGGAGGAGCCGGAGCUAUGGCGGGCGCGGAGGAGACGGGAGCUCACGACGGGAAACGUCGGAAGACGUAUCAAGGCACCCACAAGGCCAUGCGGGACGGCGUGUGGCACAGUUUGGCGCCAGCCGUCGCAGAGUGCGGUCGUGCCGCUGCGGUUCUCUGCGGCAAAGAACGACUCAAGUACGUGAGUCUGGCCGUGCUGGUCGUGCAGAAUGCGUCGCUCAUCCUCAGCAUCCGCUACGUGCGCACGCUGCCCGGAGACAAGUUCUUCUACACGACGGCCGUGGUGCUCGCCGAGCUGCUCAAGAUGCUCACGUGCCUCGUGCUGCUGCUGCUGCAGCAUCGCGGCAACGUGUGCGAGUGGCUGCGGUACCUGUACGAGUCGAUCGUGCUGCAGCCCGCGGACACGCUCAAGCUGGGCGUCCCCGCCGUCAUCUACACCUUGCAGAACAACCUGCAGUACGUGGCCAUCUCCAACCUCCCCGCAGCCACCUUCCAGGUCACCUACCAGCUGAAGAUCCUGACGACGGCGCUCUUCUCGGUGCUGAUGCUGCACCGCUCGCUGUCGCGGGCGCAGUGGGGGUCGCUGCUGCUGCUCUUCUGCGGGGUGGCGGCCGUGCAGGUGCAGCAGGUGGGCGGCGGCGAGUCCUCGACCGCCGGCGGCGACCAGAGCUACCUCAUCGGACUCGUCGCCGUCAUCAUCUCCUGCGUCUCCUCGGGCUUCGCCGGAGUCUACUUUGAGAAGAUCCUCAAGGGCUCGGGCGGCUCGGUGUGGCUGCGCAACGUGCAGCUGGGACUGUACGGCACGGCGCUCGGCCUCUUCGCCAUGUGGUCCAAGGACGGCGCGGAGGUGGCGCGGCUCGGCUUCCUGCACGCCUACUCGCCCGCCGUGUGGGCCGUGGUGCUCAACCAGGCCUUCGGCGGCCUGCUGGUGGCCGUCGUCGUCAAGUACGCCGACAACAUCCUCAAGGGCUUCGCCACGUCGCUCUCCAUCCUGGUCUCCACCGCCGCCGCCGUCUUCCUCUUUGACUUCCAUGUCGACUGGCUGUUCGCGACCGGGGCGGCCAUGGUGAUCGGCGCCGUUUACAUUUACAGCCUCCCGCCGCGGCCCAGCGCCGCCGCCGCCAAGAAGGAGGAUGAGAAGGGCCCGGUGGGGGCGACCGUGCUGUCCGUAAAGUCGUGAGCGCUGGCGGUAGCGGGGGAGGGAAGGGGAGGGCCACGGGAAAAGGGGGGAGGGGGGGGGGUGAGCGUGUUAGACAAGAUGUGCACAGCUCGCUCACUCCGUCGCUCGCUUCAUCGCUCGCUCCUCGGCUAGUCAUGGCCGUACAGGAGGAUCGGAGUCAUGGCUGGUGCCGGAGGUGCAGCGGCGGUACCGGAUCCGGCCGAUGAGAUGCAUUCUGGACGCUCGCGACACGCGCGUAAAAUCGUGCACGUUCGAUCGUCGAGUGGGCGGGCGAGUGGGUGAGCGAGUGGGUGGGCGAUUGGGUGAGCGAGUGGGUGAGCGAGUGUAUGGGCGAUUGGGUGAGCGAGUGGGUGGGCGAUUGGGCAAGCGGUCGAGUGGGUGAGGUGGCUGGGUGAGAUCAGAGACAAUGAGCCGGCACGGCUGAAAAAAACGGGUUCAACCGCCAAACAACGGUGAUGAAAUCCGGCUUCUCCAUUGCAGCGUGAGUUGAUGGUCUCAGUAGCCCAGCGACCAUUGAACAAAAAAAAAAAGCCUUUGUAUUUAAAAAAAAAAUGUAAUCUAAUUUUGUUGAGUCCAGCUCUGAGGACUAACAAUCUCAGCUUUACCUGUUGGAGGUUUCUUGAAGAGACUCCAGAAGUAGUCCUGUGAUGUCAUCGUCUGGGGGACUGUCCACUGUGAGGGUUGUACGUGGACAUACAUUUGUCUCUUGACGUGUCGCAUGACAUCGGUGCAAUUCGACUACGAUUUAUAGCGGGUGGGCAGACUUAUUGUUUGGGAUGGAGCACUUUUCAAUUAAAAACUUGUGCCCUAUUAUUUCUAAUGAUUACGAUUUUUUUUAUAUUUACACUAUUUUUCUGUCAGACAAUGUAAAUGUUUGGUGUACAUUUUGAUAGAUUUUUACAGACUUACUCGUGACCAAACCAUAGCGCACUAUUUGAGCCGAGUAAAUAAAUGAGACUCAACUUCGUUCGGUGAGAAUCGUUGAACUGGAAGAUUUUGCACGCACUUCAUUCUUUUCAUUAUUUCCGAUUUAACCGACCUCAUUCCACGCUCCGCUACCCCGUGACUCCAGCCCUCAUCUUCCUGCCUUCCCCUCCUCUCCGUUAGCCGGCUCCGCGCCUGCCGAGCGAUCCGUUGUGCGAGCGAAGGAAAUCGCUGUCGCGCCUGCGAAGCUUUGACCCUCGCCCGCAACUGCUUUUGCCCACACCUGGACGCGAACAGUUGCGUCAUUCGGGAUUGUCGCGGCCAGUCACGGCUGUCGCUGAGCGUGCCGCCGCGUGAGAGUCGCGCAGCUAAUCGCUGCGGUGUGGACGUGGUUUUAAUUCUCUUGUGUGCACAUCUGGGGGAGGGGGAGCUGCCACGGUGUGCCGUGGUGAUCACGAGCACGCCGGCCUCGCCAUCCAAAGGGGGCGACGGUUUGAUUCCAUCUGCCGGCGCGGCAGAUGGAACGACGAUGCAAGUUUCUCAAAUCCCCCCCCCGCUCCACAUCGCCUCUGUCCACCCAGCAGCAAUGCGAAUUAAUUGAUCAUCUUCAAUCAAUCGGCAGGUCGCACGUGGUGGGGGUGGUUAAAUUGUGCGGACGCCCACUUCUUCCAUCACGUCUGGUCAAUGUGGAAGAGUAGACCAAAUACCAUCUAGGGCUCCCUGUGCUAGAGGCCCUUCUGCCAGCAGUGGUAUAAGUAAGUAAUUGCAGACCUGCACCUUUACCUUAAAAAAACACAAAAAUCUGACACGUGCCAGAUUCCGGAGGGGAGGCGGUGGCAUUGUUAGUUUUCUAUUUUCACCGUGACAUUAAAAGCCAGGGAUGGAUAUUUUUUUGGUGGGAUUGUGGAUUUGAAAAUGAAUCUGCGUUCCUGCGUUCCCUGUUUGUGCCAAAUCGGCACUGUAAGCUGACGCGUCAUUAUUUUAAGACAACGAUUGAGUUCGGGGUCGGUCAGUCGCUGAUCUCACGGCGGACGAGUGCCAUCGGAUACUGGGGUUGUGCCGCAUCGCCAAAACAAAACGGUGACGCCGUCAAUUUUUGUGAUACCGUCUACGCCGAUAUUUUGAUACAAAAUAAGCUCGGCGAACAGAUUCUUACCGAUCCAGGCCGAGGGCAAACUCGACGCGUUUGUCACGGCGCCGUCUUCAUUAACCUUCGUCGAGUGUGGGAGCUCGCUCUGGCUUCUGCCGGUGACCUCUGUAUGACCUACGACCUGAUGCGUGUAUGCAAUCUAACCCAAAAAAACCUGAAUUAUGGAUGAUAUUGGUCGCGAAAGCCUACGUGCUGAACUGACCUGAUGUAGGCUUAACGCUUGGGUUUUUUGCAGCCGAUAUUCGGAUCCGUGAGUGAUUUGUGGGUUAGGCCACUUAUUGAGCUGGCGAAGGUUUGUGUUUUCAAGACUGUCCACCACCCAGCGCAGACAAAAAAAUGUAAUGUCACGUUAAUAAGCUUUUAACGAUGGGCCAACUAUCAUUGUUCCGUUCACCGGCAAGUUGAACAAUUCUCAAAACUAAUCGGACCUGGACCUUUUUAUUCUGACUUCCUGAAUCUGGUCCUGAAGAUGCUUUUAAUAACAACCCCUGUCAUUUUCUCCACCACUUUCAUCUUAGGCACAAUUUUAUAAUUGCUGUAAAGUGCCUUGGAAUAAGGCGCUGUGCAAGCCUACAUCAGAUAAGUUUCAAGCGAAACGUCGCGAAUCUAAUUGAGUUAAAUAUGGCUGUGAGAAUUCUUCCCUGGCGAGUGAGCUGAAACUAUCACCAUUGGCCCGUUAAACGCCUGUACUCGUGACCACUUACUUUGGCCGCGUCAGGUGACGGGGAGGGUCUUAACGGCACGAAUUGACCUCGGAUCAUUAUCACGUGGCCUGCCCCAAAACAAAUCGAUUACGAACCCGAUGUAGGUCAAACUUGGGAGUGCCAACAGCGAAUGUUCAACCUGGGCAGUAAGACGGAUUCUCCGCUAGUUUCAAGCGUAUCAGUCCAUGAGGGCGAUCACAUUUGCGGGCCUUCUCUACAGCAGCCGUCUCGAUCCUUGCCGCCAAUUUUGGCACGUUCAUUCCCUCCUCUUCCAUCCCGGCGCGCGCACUCCUCUUAACUCGUGGGUGCCGAACGCGUUCGUUCAUAUGUGGCGUCCGUCCGGCUUUAACGAACGGAGACAUGAUCCGUUAGGAACGAAACUCGAGUCGUGAAGUCGCGUCGCUCUUCGGGGACCCGGCCCGGGAGAAAACCGGACAGACUGGUGGUCAGAGCGACUCCCGCGCCCUCCCCCGAAGAGCCGCUGCUAUGCGAGCCCCGUGGCCUCACCUCGGCCUACGGUCGCGCAGCUCCCCGUGCGGCCGACGCGCGCACACGCGCGCAUUAGAACUCGCGAUGGAUUCCGUUCGUGCGAAUUGUUCCGCGUUGGCGUUCGACCGACACGCGCGCCUGUACUUACUCUCCGAUGUUUCUCACCAUUGCAGGAGGAAGCGUUCCUUCCGAUGCAGUUGCUUCCCACUUUGUUUACACUGCGCCGAGGCGUACGGACGGCGUUGCGCGUUCAUCAUUUAACGCGGAGCACGGUUGCAUGAUUUUCAUUUUGAAAAAUGUCUCAUUUUCAUAUUUAGUUUUGAUUGUAUAUUUGAGCUGCAGGCCCCGCCACGGGUGCAACGCCAGGACCCUCGGGGAACCCGUUCCGAAACCGAGGGCCGGCCGGUCGCUCGUGACAUCGGCGCCAUCCAAAAAGUCGCACGGCAAACGAGAACGCGCCGUUUACACCGAGUGUACAGAGGGCCUUUGCCAGGGUCACGAGCGACUCGGAGCCGUGCUUUAUCGUUUCAUUUGGCGAGUCCCGUUGAGCUAAGGAGCUCCGUUACAAGGACCGGCCACAGCCCACGAUCGUCGGCAGGGCCGGCAGUUACAGGACCUCGCACGGUGGGAAUGUGCAAACUCGCGAGCGAGAAAACAACAAGCUAUUUGCACGAGCGACUGAGAACGGUAGUAAUGUUAGAAGCCACGACGUUGUUGCCACGUC